AUGGCGAUCUGCUUCAUUCUCUAUGCCUUCCUCACAUUACUCUUCGCCGUAUCACUGACUUUAUCUCUCUCGGUGAUCAACGCGAGAAAGCGCAGGAAAAGGGCGGUCGGAUUCUUCCAUCCGUACACGAACGACGGCGGCGGCGGCGAGAGAGUGCUCUGGUGCGCAGUUAAAGCCAUCCAAGAGGAGACUCCCGAUCUUGACUGUGUCGUCUUCACCGGUGAUCAUGACUCUUCUUCUGACAGCUUGGCUCGCCGCGCCGUCGAUCGAUUCGGUGUCCAUCUUCUAUUCCCUCCCAAGGUGAUUCAUCUCAACAAAAGGAAAUGGAUUGAAGAGAGCACUUACCCACAUUUCACAAUGAUAGGUCAGAGUCUUGGCUCGGUUUAUCUAGCGUGGGAAGCCUUGCGCAAGUUCACUCCUUUGUAUUUCCUUGACACCAGUGGAUAUGCUUUCACGUAUCCUCUUGCUCGCCUCUUUGGUUGCAAAGUUGUCUGCUACACUCAUUACCCAACCAUCAGUUUGGAUAUGAUUUCUCGUGUCCGUCAAAGAAACUCCAUGUAUAACAACGACGCUUCAAUCGCUAAGAGCAAUUGGCUAUCGACAUGUAAAAUAGUCUACUACAGAGCUUUUAGCUGGUUGUAUGGGAUGUUUGGCUCGUGCACUCAUCUAGCUAUGGUCAACUCUUCGUGGACAAAGUCCCAUAUCGAAGUGCUUUGGAGAAUUCCUGAACGUAUUAAACGGGUCUACCCACCUUGUGAUACCUCAGGACUUCAGGCACUUCCUCUUGAAAGAUCAUCAGAUCCUCCGAUUUUCAUAUCUGUCGCUCAAUUUCGUCCUGAGAAGGCUCAUAUGCUUCAGCUCGAGGCCUUUUCACUAGCCUUGGAGAAGUUAGAUGCGGACGUACCUCGGCCCAAACUCCAGUUUGUGGGAAGUUGUAGAAACGAAUCAGAUGAAGAACGGCUGCAGAAACUGAAAGACAGAGCAGUUGAGCUAAAAGUGGACGGGGACGUGGAGUUCUACAAAAACGCCAUGUACAGGGAACUAGUGGCACUGCUUGGAAAUGCAGUUGCAGGAAUGCAUGGGAUGAUAGAUGAACACUUUGGGAUCAGUGUUGUUGAGUACAUGGCUGCUGGUGCGAUCCCAAUAGCUCACAACUCGGCUGGACCCAAAAUGGACAUUGUGCUGGAAGAAGACGGACGAAGAACCGGGUUUCUUGCUGAGACGGUGGAGGAAUACGCUGAAGCCAUCCUUGAGAUAGUGAAGAUGAAAGAAACAGAGAGGCUUAAGAUGGCUGAAUCUGCUAGAAAACGAGCCACGAGGUUCUCUGAGCAACGGUUUUGUGAGGACUUCAAAACUGCGAUUCGACCCGUUUUCACUGGUGCUCUCAAAUGA